AUGAAGUUCACCACCGCCAUCCUAGGCCUGGCCAGCCUCGUCAGUCUGGCGGCAGCUCAAGCUCCUGUCGCCUGCCCAACCGCAACCAAAACUAUUCAGAACCAGGAGUGCAACAAACGAUGCCCUCUUUCCGACUGCGCUUUCUACUCCACUAUCCGUCAGCCCUGCAACUGCCCGGCUGCAAUCCCGACAGCCACUCUCAUCGCCCCUUGCGCGGCCGACUGCCCGUAUCAAGGCUGUGAUAUCAUCUUCCGCACCAGCAGCCUCGCCUGCCCUACCCCUACUUCCACUCGCCGUGUCACCACCACCAGCACCCGGCGGACAACUUCUACCACCCCCACGAGGACCUCCGUCCCCAUUCAGACCACCAGGGUCAUCACCAGCGUUGUCACCCUUCCUCCCCGGAUCACCACCACCAGCACCACGUCCACGAUCCCCUGCCCGACUGUCACCAGGAUCACCACGCCGGGCGACUGCCCUGUUAUCCGAUGCCCUGUGCCGACCUGCCAGGUCAGAACCACGCAGGUGGUGCCUUGCAACUGCCAGCCGAGGACUGUGCUUUGGGUUCAGGGAUGCCCAACCGCUUGUGCUGAUGGGUGCUUGACGAGGACGGAGACGGCGAGCAUUGCUUGCUGA